CAGUACAUGAAAGUUAAUAAACUAACUUAGAUAGCAAAAGAAAUAAUCACUUUCAUGAAUAAUCACUUAUCCAUUCAUUCCACCUUCUUUCUUGUAACUGAUUCUUAACAGAAUCAGUUUUCAUAAUCAAUUAUCAUGCGCACUCUUUCAUUUCCAUCACCAUGUCUAUCAUCUUCUUCAUAUUCUCUUCACACCAAUAAUAAUCGAUUAUCCACUACUUUUUCUUCUUACAAAUGUUUUCAUUUCUUAACACCACAUUCUUCACUCAAACAAACCAAAAAACAACCUAGUAGAAUCAAUAACACUAACCCAUCUCGUUUAAAACGUUUAUUUAAUCCCAAAAAUGAAAAUGAUAAUGAUGAUAAAAAUGAGAAGAAGAAGAAGAAAAGAGGUGAAUCUGAGAAAGAUGAAGAAGAGGAUAACGGUGUUGCUUUGAAGGGUACCCUUUUGGCUGGUUUUUUGCUGGUUGGUUUUGUUGGUGGUUUUGCUUCUGUUGGUUAUAUUUAUAGAGAGCCUAUUAAUACUUUCUUGAAUCAAUUCUCUGGCUUCAUUGAAGGUUAUGGUUCAGCUGGAUAUGCAUUGUUUGUAGCAGUUUAUGCUGGAUUGGAGAUCCUUGCAAUUCCUGCCAUUCCCUUAACCAUGUCAGCCGGACUUCUUUUUGGAUCCCUCACUGGCACUAUCAUAGUCUCUAUCAGUGGAACAGUGGCGGCUAGUGUUGCUUUUCUAAUUGCAAGAUAUUUUGCUCGUGAGCGUAUUCUAAAAUUAGUGGAAGGGAAUAAGAAGUUUCUUGCUAUUGACAAAGCAAUUGGAGAAAAUGGCUUCAAGGUUGUUACCCUGCUUCGUUUGAGCCCUUUGCUGCCAUUUUCUUUGGGGAAUUAUUUAUAUGGGUUGACAUCUGUUAAGUUUCUUCCAUAUGUAUUGGGAAGUUGGUUGGGGAUGCUUCCAGGAACAUGGGCUUAUGUUAGUGCUGGUGCUUUUGGAAGAGCAAUAAUACAAGAAGAAUCUGAACUUAGUUCACUUGGAGGAAACAAUCAGCUGCUGACGCUUGGGCUGGGACUCUUGGCCACUGCAUUAGCUGCUACAUAUGUCACAAAGCUUGCAAAGGACGCUGUCAAAGAUAUCGACGACUAGACCCAGUAGAGACUAGAGGCAACCGACACACAUUUGUGAAUGAAGGCAGGUCUAUGAUCGGAUUGGGGAGCUGAUAUCUGAGUAAAUAAAUAUAAAAAAUGAUAGAUGAGAGAGAAUCAAGGAAAGUAGUAGACCUAACAUUCCCCUUGUAAAUUACAAUAUUCUUAUUGAUGAGAAUCUUGCUCCUUUUGUGUUGCUCCCUUAAUUUGAAAGAGUGUUGGAACUCAAGUGCGAGUGGUGGUUAGUCCCAUGUUGGUUAGAAGUUGGCAAAACGAAGAAUAUGUAAGUGAAGUGACUUACAUUGCCAAUACCUUAAAGUUUUGGAUGGAGAUGUGGUGUCUUAAUCUUUGGUGGUCGUUGUUAUUAGUUCCUAGAUUCCAUUUGCACUAGUUCUUUAACAUGCUCAGAGGGACAAUUCAGUUUAUAAAUGUUUCACUGAAAUGUUCCUCUUGUACUUACCCAUCCACAACAAUGGGAAUCAAUAAAUCUAGGGACACACAAAUGGGCAAGUAUGAGAUAAUUUUCGGUACUUAUGUAUUAUUUAUCUCAAAAUAAUUGUUUUUAAUUAAAUAUUUUUCUUCUUUU